UUUCAAAAACAAUAAUAAUAUCAAAUGCAAACUCCAACUCCAACUCAAGCUAUGGACUCUUCUUUCUUCCAAUUCCAAUCCCAGAGUCAAUACUCCUUCCCGGAACGGGAAUUGCAUUCCCCUGAUUGGGAAUACGAUGAUCUUUCCCUCCCUUUCAAUGUCAAUGACUCCCAAGAAAUGCUUCUCUACGGCGUUUUGGCGCAGGGAGCUGUCAAGGAAUCGUCUGAGACUAAUUCCAAUUCGAAUUCAUCGUGUAAGGAAGAAGAAGUGAGUUCCAGAGCGAAAAGGGUUCAAGAAAAGAGGGAGAAAUCGUACAGAGGCGUCAGGAGGCGGCCGUGGGGGAAGUUCGCGGCGGAGAUAAGAGACUCCACCAGGAAUGGGGUCCGGGUUUGGCUUGGCACGUUCGACAGCGCGGAAGCGGCUGCGUUGGCGUACGAUCAAGCAGCAUUCGCCAUGAGGGGUGCCGCGGCCGUGCUGAAUUUUCCGGUGGAGAGAGUGAGGGAGUCGCUUCAAGAAAUGGAGUGCGGAGGAGCUGAAGAGGGGUGUUCGCCGGUGAUUGCUCUGAAGAGGAAGCAUUCCAUGAGGAAGAAAAAAUCUGUGAACAGGAAGAGCCGCAGUAAGAUGAGUUUGGAGGGUAAUAAUAAUAGUGAUGAGAAGGUGGAAAAUGUGGUGGUUUUGGAGGAUCUGGGGGCUGAAUAUUUGGAGGCCCUUUUGAGUUCUUCAUCUUCAUUUUCAUUUUCAUCUUCAUCUUCAUCUUCAUCUUCACCAUCAUCAUCAUCACAAAGUUGGUGAAUUAUAAUAUUAUUACAUUUUUGUCAACUUCCCAUGAUUUUCGUUUCUUGAUCAGUUCUGGUCGUUGUUCCUGUUUCCCUUUUUUUUUUUUUUUUUUUCUUGGAGAGAAUUCCCUCAAGAGAAGGGAAUUGUUGUCGGGAAGAAACUUUUGUUGUGUAUAUCAAAUGCUUUGGGUAGUUGUUGUGCGUAAGUAACGCCAUGCAUUAAUGUACAUAGUAAAGUUCUGAGCAGUCAAAUAUGCUUAUGCUGUGCAAUUUUUCAGUUCCACGCAAAAAUUGAAUGCUGUGUUUAGUAUCU